AUGGCUAAAGUAGGUGAAGGUGACCCACGUUGGAUUGUCGAAAAUAGAACAGAUGGUCACAAUGUCAACGGUUGGCAUUGGUCCGAAAAAGAUUGUUUACCAUGGGCUAAACAAAUGUUCAAUAAAUUAUUCGAAAAGAAAGUUUUUGUUGAAAAUGGAGACUAUGUUAUUUCAAUUAGUGGCACUCCAACUGUUGGCGGUGAAUGUACAGCAAAUAAUAGAAAAGGAAAAACUAUCUUCCUCUACGAAUUAGAUGUAAAAUUAAAAUGGGAAUGCAAGUUUAAACCAAAACCAGCUUUAGAUAGUAAUGGUAAAGAAGAGGUUGAGCCAUCUCCAAUGACCACUUUUAAUGGUGAAUUCACCGUACCAUAUAUUGCCGACGAAAAUGGUGAUGAAGCUCCAUUAGUUAAAUUUUCAAUAAUUACACCAACCACUAGCGAUAAUAAAAAAACCAUCGACCAAAUUUCUUCACAAAUCAAAUCUGUAGGUGUACCAAUUGUACAAAAAACUUGUCAAGAAUUUGUUUCACUUUUAAAGAAAGAAUUUGUAACUAAAAAACAAACAGAAACAGAAACAUCAACACCAGCAAAAGUCACUUCAUCAACUACUAUUAAUAAAGAACCAGUUGCUGCUAAAAAACCAGAACCUGUUAAAAAGUCCAAUACUAAAACUUUAACUAUUAAAGAAGAGUUCCAAUGCUCACCAAUGGAUGCUUUUGAUGCUUUUGUCAACGAAGGUAAACUCAGAGCUUACACUCAAAGCGAUUGUGUAUUUGAAAAUAAAGAAGGUGGUAAAUUCUCAUUAUAUGGCGGCAGCAUUACAGGUAUCAAUAAAACUCUUUCACCAGGUUCAAAAAUUGUUCAAACUUGGAGACUCAAUACUUGGGACAGCGGUGUUGAAUCACUUGUUACUAUUAACUUUUCAGUAGACGGCAAGCCACUUACCAAUGUUGAAAUCGUCCAAACUGGUAUUCCAAUUGAUGAGUUUGAAAAGACUGAAGAGGGUUGGAGAAGAAAUAUUUUAGAAAGAAUUAAAUUAACUUUUGGUUAUGGUUCAAAGAUUUAUUAA